AUAUUGCUUUGUUUCACUCCGUAUGGCGAUGAUGGAUUCUGUGCCUUCCCAAUCUGAUUUCAGUGUGGAACGAUUUAUUGGUCGUGGAUGCUACUCAAUUGUUUAUGAAGUUCGAAAGACAACAGGUUCUGAUAUCAAUUCGAAAUAUGCUUUGAAACGUUUUUUCCUGGAAAGUGACUCUUCAAUUAGAUGUGUUUUGAGGGAAAGAAAAAUUUUGGAACGAUUAGCGUUAGCUGAUUCACAAAGUCCUUUCCUUCCUAUGUUGUACUAUAGUAUAUGGAAAAAUUGUGUGUCGGCGUUUGUACUUCGGGAAGGGUCAGGCUGUGACCUUUAUGAUUUAUUAUGCCAUGUAGGCUGUCUUUCUGAAACCAAUGCAAGAUUUUACAUUGCGGAGAUUAUAUGUGGUCUGGAACAUCUGCAUUCCUUGAAUAUCGUUCAUUUGGAUGUUAAACCUGAAAACAUUUUAUUUUAUCCAGAUGGUCAUGUAUUUGUUUCUGAUUUGGAUCGAUCUUACGAUCUUUCACAAAAUGGUAAGCCUACGCUGGACGAUUUCACUGGAACACCAUUAUUUAUGGCUCCAGAAGUUGCACGUGGUGAAAUUAUAGAUGUGCGAUCAGAUACCUGGAGUUUGGGUGUUCUUACAGCGGAGAUGAUUACAGGUCCAAUACGCUCGGAAGCUGAAAACACUGCUGAAGCCUUUCGAAAGGCUCGUAUGGGUACAUACACUAUACGUGGAUUAAAACGUCUUUCAAAACCGCUUCAGUCAUUUUUCAGCGCAUGUCUACAACGUCAACAUACACAGCGUCCUUAUCUAAAAGGUGUUAAAGAAUUAAGAUUUUUAAAGCCUAUUGACUGGUGUAAAGCAGAGUCUCGCCUUCUACGUCCACCAUAUUCAACUUCAGAACUGCAACACAGAGAAUCAAAGUAUGAAAAGACUAAAAUAUGUUCCACUGAUGCACAACUAUUAUCUGGAGCAUUUAGUCCUAUAAAGCCAGUUAAUUUAUCGAAAAAGUCACAAAUGAAAACCAAUGAAGUUAACGUGGAUGGUGUUGUAACUUCUCCCGAAAGUAUCCCUGCAUCUUUGAUUAAAGAUGGAUAUACUAAAGAGAAACUGGAUUCCUUGUUCAGUACCUUCAGUUUUACACAUCCUACUUUACAAAGUUGUAAGACGACAGACAUUACAGAUUCAUUAUCUAAACUAACUGUAAAGACCGAAAGCUCAGACAGCAUGUUGGCAAAUACAAACUUGUGUAUGAAGCAUGCUGAAAUCAUAGCUAGUGAGAAUUCAAUGGUUCCUGUGCGUAUCCGAAGAUCCAGAACCCGAGGUACAUCUAUUGGGGAUUGACUAUCACCCAUUUCAAAAUUAUUUCUAAGUUAUACGGUGAUGAACUUGACUGUUUUAUCCCAUAAUAUUAUAACUUAUGGAUCCGUUAAACACAGACAAGUAAUGAUUUUAUGUGAUUUUGAAGCUGUUUUAAUUUCUUUUAAUAAUUGUACACAUUUUAUAUUCUUCAAGCAUAUAAUAUGUUUUAUACGUCA